UCAUUUCCCCACUCUCAAACACUAGCGCGUGACCCGCACUCUCCCCAUUCUCAUUCGCCUUCAUCACCUUGACCACAUCUCCAUCCUUAUUCCAUUUCUAUAUGCAUACAAAUGCACAAAACAAACCUAUACAUACACACACACCAUUCAAUCGGAAGCGAUUAAUCAGUUACUGCAUCUGUGUGUUGUUCCUGUGGACAGUUAUGGCGGAGAUUGGACAAGCAUCCACUGAAGUUUACGCUCCGACGACGUCGUUUCAAGUAUGGCGAACACUGUUGAACUGGUUGACCUUUUUCUUCCAGAUCUUCGUUCAGAUCGUUAAAGGUACUCCUUCCGUGUUGAUCAAUUAUUCUUCCACGGCGUCGUUUAAGCCUUUGCCUGUCGUCGAAUUUCCUGAUUCUUCAACGGAACCGCCAAAUCUCGCUACCGCUUCCGUUCAUAUUCCGGCGGAUUAUGAUCGUUUGGAAAAGCUUACGGUGGUUCUUGAUUUGGAUGAAACGCUGGUAUGUGCCUAUGAGACAUCUAGUUUGCCUGACAGUAUUCGCAAACAAGCUACACAGGCUGGAUUGACAUGGUUUGAGUUAGAAUGUGUAUCUUCAGACAAAGAAUCUGAUGGGAAACCCAAGGUGAACUAUGUGACGGUAUUUGAACGUCCUGGAUUGCAUGAAUUUCUUAGUCAACUUAGCAAGUUUGCUGAUCUUGUGCUAUUUACUGCAGGCCUUGAAGGAUAUGCUAAACCACUUGUUGAUAGAAUAGAUGCUGAAAACAGAAUCAGUCGAAGGCUUUAUCGGCCCUCGACAAUUUCCACGGAAUAUCGGGAACACGUGAAGGACCUUUCGUUUGUCUCAAAAGAUUUUUGCAGAAUUGUCAUUGUUGACAACAAUCCAUUCAGUUUCUUAUUGCAGCCGGUAAACGGCAUCCCGUGCAUACCGUUUUCUGCUGGACAACCACAUGAUGAUCAGCUUCUCGAGGUUCUACUUCCCCUUUUGAAGCACCUUUCUGAGCAGAGGGACGUUAGGCCCGUGUUAUAUGAAAGAUUCCACAUGCCAGAAUGGUUUCAAAAACAUGGAAUCCCUGCCUCUGGCUUUACACGGUAGAAGUUUAGGGGGUGUUUGGUUUGAGUGUGUGGCUUUCUUUGAGUUUUUGAGUAUGUUUGGUUUAAAGGAAAGGUGUUGAUACCCAUACCCAUUCCAUCAUGCUAUCAAACCAAACGCUACCUUAGUUCUUCAUCGGGGACACCUAAAAAGGGUACCACGACAGCAUAACUUAAAGCACUGCAUUUUGUGUAGAUAUUAUAUCAUCUCGUAUACAGGAGGAGACUCAUUCAAAGAUUGUUUUAGCUAUUGUUUACUUGCAACGCGUGUUCAAAUUCGUAUUCUUGUUGCAAGUUGGUAUAUAUAGUUUGCAACGUUAUGAACUUGUAGGGCUCGUUAAUUAUGGUUUGAGUUCUGUAAACCUAUUGUAGAUCAAUAAAGGACGUAAGGUUAGUCCAAUAGCUAUACUGGUACUAGAUUUUACUCGAGAAAUAAUUGCCUUGUCAUUCGUCUC